AUCUCCGAUUGAAUCGGUUGUUCGAUUUGCGAAGUGCGCGAAGAGAAUCGAAAAUGCAACCGAAGAGUGCUUUAAAAUGCCUGUUGCUGGGCCUUGUGGCGCUUCAGCACUUUGAGAUUGGAGCUGGAUCUCGAAUACUGGCUGCAUUUUUCUUUCCCGGCAGGAGUCAUUUCAUGAUGACAAAUGCCAUUAUAAGGGAGUUGGUGCAGCGAGGACAUGAGGUGACCUUCAUCACACCAUUCACAUUGGCCAAUGAGAAUCUGGGAUCAAAUUAUACUGAGGUUCUAAUUCCGCAAUACAACUUUUGGCCAACUGUUUUGGAGACGACCAAGAUCAACACGGUGGUGGAACUUACCAAUGUUCCCACGCUAAAGCUCCUGAAAUUGUUUUAUAUUAUGGGCUUAGAGAGCACGAACUUUGCUUUCGAGCAGCAGGAAGUGUUGAAGCUAAUUCAUGCCAAGGAUAAAGAUGACAAAUACGAUUUACUGUUAGUGGAGCAGUUCUUCAAUGAGGGCGCCCUCUUUCUGGGCCAUUUGUACCAAAUACCUGUGAUAGACAUAUUCACCUUCACUUUUGCCAACUAUAUGAGUUCCUUGGUGGGCGUAGUGACUCCUUGGUCUUAUGUGGCACACGGAUGGAAACCAUACACAGAUCGGAUGUCGCUUUUGGAACGCAUUGAUAAUGUUUACUGCUCGCUGACUGAAGAGCUUAUGCGCCAAUUCUGGUACUAUCCUGCCCAGGAUGAACUUCUGAACAGACACUUUUCCAAGCACUUCGAUAAGUUGCCCACUAUCAAGCAACUAGAGCGCAACAUAUCUGUCAUUUUGCUGAAUACAUAUAUGCCUCUGGAGGCUCCUAGGCCUCUUUCAUUCAAUAUGAUCCCCGUGGGAGGACUUCAUAUAAAGCCAGCUCAACCAUUGCCCACUGAAAUGCAAAAGUUCUUGGAUGAAGCUGAGCAUGGAGCCGUCUACUUUAGUCUGGGAUCACAAGUGAAAAGUUCUGAAUUUCCCCCUGAGAAGCUGAAGAUAUUCCUCGAUGUUUUCAGAAGCUUGAAACAGCGCAUCCUGUGGAAAUUUGAAGAUGACAAAUUGCCGAAUAAGCCAGCUAAUGUGAUGGUGCAGAAGUGGAUGCCUCAAAGUGAUAUUCUGGCCCAUCCCAAUGUCAAGGUUUUCAUCUCCCAUGGAGGACUUUUCGGUACUCAGGAAGCAGUAUAUCAUGGCGUUCCAGUUCUUGGAAUGCCUGUCUAUGCCGAUCAGUAUCUUAACAUAAAUAAGGGCAAGGUUGCUGGAUAUGCCCUUGGUGUGGAUUACCGAACAGUUACAGAGGAGGAGCUGCGCUAUUCCCUCACUGAACUGUUGGAGAAUCCCAAGUACAGGGAUACAAUGAGGCGUACCUCUCGCAUCUUCCGGGAUCGACCACUAAGUGCGAUGGAUACGGCUAUGUUCUGGAUCGAUUAUGUUAUUGAGCAUCGUGGAGCACCGCAUAUGGUAUCGGAGGGUAUUAAUCUACCCUGGUAUAAAUUCUAUCUGCUGGAUAUCAUUGGAAUUGCCUUGGUUAUUAUUAUUAUGCCCAUUUUGGGACUUUUGCUGAUAUGUCGCAGAUUUCAAAAUGCCAAGAAGUCAAAAACAAAGUCUAAACGGAAUUAGAUAUAAGUUUAAUUUGAAUUUGAUUGGCUCAAAGCCUUUUAUUUAAAAUCAAGAGUGUGCUCUUAAUAAAGAAUUAAUUAAUUUCAAUAC